AUGAACAAGCCGGCCGGAUCAACAAGUCGUAUUUUGGACAUUCCCUGUAAGGUGUGCGGGGAUCGCAGCUCCGGGAAGCACUACGGGGUUUACGCCUGCGAUGGCUGUUCCGGGUUUUUCAAACGGAGCAUCAGGAGGAAUCGAACCUACGUCUGCAAGUCUGGAAACCAGGGAGGUUGCCCCGUGGAUAAGACGCACCGAAACCAAUGCCGAUCCUGCCGUUUGAAGAAGUGCCUGGAAGUCAACAUGAACAAAGACGCCGUGCAGCAUGAGCGGGGUCCCCGGACGUCCACCAUCCGCAAGCAGGUGGCCCUGUACUUCCGGGGCCACAAGGAGGAGGACGGGACGGCGGCCCCUUUCCCCUCGGGCGCCCUGCCCGCUCCCGCCUUCUUCACAGCCGUGGCGCAGCUGGAGCCGCACAACCUGGAGCUGGCGGCCGCGGUGUCCGGCCCCCCGGAGCGUCAGGCCCUGGUGGGGCUGGCCCAGCCCACUCCCAAGUAUCCACACGAGGUCAACGGGACCCCCAUGUAUCUCUACGAAGUGGCCACCGAGUCUGUCUGUGAAUCUGCUGCCAGACUCCUCUUCAUGAGCAUUAAGUGGGCCAAGAGCGUCCCGGCAUUCUCGACACUGUCCCUGCCCGAUCAGCUGAUGCUUCUGGAAGAUGCCUGGAGAGAACUGUUUGUUCUCGGGAUAGCACAAUGGGCCAUCCCAGUCGACGCGAACACUCUGCUGGCUGUAUCGGGUAUGAAUGGUGACAAUACAGAUUCCCAGAAGCUGAAUAAGAUCAUUGCAGAAAUCCAGGCUCUGCAGGAGGUGGUGGCCAGGUUCAGACAGCUUCGGCUGGAUGCCACAGAAUUCGCCUGCCUCAAAUGCAUUGUCACUUUCAAAGCAGUACCCACCCACAGCGGCUCUGAGCUGAGAAGCUUCGGGAAUGCGGCUGCCAUUGCCGCGCUACAGGAUGAGGCUCAGCUCACGCUCAACAGCUACAUUCACACAAGGUACCCGACCCAGCCCUGCCGCUUUGGGAAGCUUUUGCUGCUGCUGCCGGCCUUACGCUCCAUCGGCCCAUCCACCAUCGAAGAAGUGUUCUUCAAAAAGACCAUCGGAAAUGUGCCCAUCACCAGGCUGUUGUCUGACAUGUACAAGUCCAGCGACAUAUAGUCACCUGGGUGUCAGCUGGCCAUCAAUGGUCCGUGCCAUUCGGACUCCCCCCCCCCACGGAGAAUGCACCUCCAUGACAGAUGCCUGGGAAGCCUGGACCUGGGGGUGGGAGUGAAGGGUGUUUCUGCCUCUUAGACAGAAAAUGGCCAUGGUCACCCCAAACCCCCUGGACACCUGGCAGCCUGCUGCCUUGGCCGGGGUUAGACCGGCGAGGGCCGUCUGGGCCGGGCUCGGCAGGGAAGCCAGUGGGAUCUUCUUUCCCGUUCUUUUCCUGGCUCCCCAUCGCUCGGCUCCUGGGGGAGUGCGCUCACCCCCGGGUACCCAGGCCAGGCUGGUCUGCCACUUACUUGCAAGAUUUUUCUGAGCUCAAAAGCCAAGGGUGGGUGCUUCCCCUUCCCGGCCAGCGCUGGGACGUUGGGUGGCCAGACGCAGCUGUUGGCAGCACCCUGUGGACCGCUCUUUCCCAGAAGCUUUGAGGAUGGAAUUCGUUUUCACUCCAACAGGCAAACCAGGUUCUCCCUCCCCUGGGCUUCUGCUGUAGCACAUCUUGAAGUGGCCUUUGAACCGACUGAAAAAUGGCUCCAUGCCCGCAUCCCUCUCGUGACAUCCUUCCGUCCGUCGGUCCAGGGGCCACGGUGGCAUCGCCCCGAGGGCCGGGGGUCGGGGGGAUAGAGGGUCGGGGAUGUGGGCGAGACUCAAGCCGUGAAGCCAAAUAGAUUGGAGAUGGCACCCGAGAGGCCCGCCGCUGUUCCGCCAGCGUGGUGCUGAAACCAAAGGCAAAGGGCCCGACCCUCGGCGGGCCGGGAGCCCGGCCAUGCGAGACGCAGGAAGCGCCGGCAAGGAUUUACACAAUGAACAAACAGUAAAGUAUUCCUCAUCCCACACACCCUGCUAACGGUCUCUGAGACUCUCCGAUGCCUUGAAGAAAAUCCUGGGUUUUAUGAAACCCCUCAUCUUUCUCUCUCCCUCUCUCUCUCUCUCUCUCUCUCACACACACACACACACACACACACACACACACUAUAUAAGCUGCUUAUUUGAGAAGAGACUACCCAGUAUUUACCGAAAAUGUAGAGACAAACCUUCGGAGAUAGCUGCUGUACUUUCCCGUUUUUGAUUGGUAUUUAGAUAAUAGCACUGAAAAAAAAAUCAGCACUUGGGCUAUCAUAGGAUGAGUAAAACUUUUCUUGUACAAAGUGAAUUAACUGAUUUGUGAAGUUAAAAAGUUGUACUCAUUGUAUUU